GAGAGAGAGAGAGAGAGAGAGAGAGAGCCCUGCAAGGAAACACAUUAAUCCCUCAAUGUCGUAGCCAAGACCCACAUUUGUAGAGAGAGACGCUGCCCCCACAAAACCCACCAGCCGCCAUGGACAGCAUUCCUUCCACACCAGGCAAAUUCAAGAUGGAGAAAUCGCCUUACUCACCAUUCAGGCAUAGGUUCCACUCCUCAGUAGCCAAGCUCCUCUUCAUUUCCCUUCUUUUUCUAGCCGUCUUCCUCCUUUUCCUUAUAAAACCACCUCCCUCCCCUUCUCUCUCUAACCCCACCGAGGCUCGCAGAAACCUCCAUUCCACCACUUGGGGAGGCCAAGCUUGGGAGAAACGUGUCCGGUCUUCUUCUCGGCCGAAACCCCAUCGCUCGAAACCAUUGAUCGUGCUCGUUACUGGGGCUGCAGGGUUUGUCGGGAGCCAUGUCUCUGCUGCCUUAAAACGUAGAGGUGACGGUGUUCUGGGCCUCGAUAAUUUCAAUCACUACUAUGAUGUUUCGCUCAAGCGAGCACGCCAGUCUCUAUUGAAUUCACAGGGGGUCUUCAUUGUAGAGGGCGACAUCAACGACUCCUCGCUUCUUCGGAAGCUGUUCGAUGUUGCCGCUUUCACCCAUAUCCUCCAUUUAGCUGCCCAAGCUGGAGUUAGGUAUGCCAUGGAAAACCCAUCUUCUUAUAUCGAUAGCAAUGUCGCUGGUUUUGUCAGUUUACUCGAAGUUUGUAAGUCUGCAAAUCCUCAGCCUGCCAUUGUAUGGGCAUCAAGCAGUUCAGUUUAUGGAUUGAACACAGAGGUCCCCUUCUCUGAGAGCGAUCGGACUGAUCGGCCAGCAAGCUUAUAUGCAGCGACUAAGAAAGCGGGUGAAGAAAUCGCGCACACUUAUAACCAUAUCUAUGGCUUAUCAAUUACUGGUUUGAGGUUUUUCACGGUUUAUGGACCUUGGGGUAGGCCCGACAUGGCCUAUUUCUUCUUUACGAAGGAUAUUUUGCAAGGAAAGACGAUACCUAUUUUCGAAGGGCCUAAUCAUGGAACGGUGGCAAGGGAUUUUACGUAUAUUGAUGACAUUGUGAAGGGGUGCUUGGGUUCUUUGGACACAGCUGAGAAGAGCACUGGUACUGGGGGGAAGAAGAGGGGGCCUGCUCAAUUGAGGAUCUUUAAUUUGGGGAACACAUCACCGGUUCCUGUGAAGGAUUUGGUGAGCAUAUUGGAGAGGUUGUUGAAGGUUAAGGCUAAGAAGACCAUAAUUAAGAUGCCAAGAAAUGGUGAUGUUCCGUUUACUCAUGCAAACAUAAGCUUGGCUCAAAGGGAAUUAGGGUACAAACCCACCACUGAUUUGCAGACCGGGUUGAAGAAGUUCGUGAAAUGGUACUUGGGUUAUUACAAGGAUGUGGAGGGGAAGUUGGCUUUCUGAUAACUCCUCGUCGAGGAGAGAGAGAUGGAGGAGUUUUGUUGCUGAGGCCCACGGUGAUUGAUCCCUUGUAGAACAGUUCAAUUCAUGUGAUUUUGAUUCUUACCCAUCAUUUUUUUCUUGAUAUUUUUUUUCUAUUGCUUUAUCUACGUAUCGAGAAGAAGAAAAUUAGGUGCUGCUAAUUUGGGAUUUGCCAGAUCGUUUUGUCAUUUUUAGGACAUUCAUUGAUCCGUACUAAGGCUGGAGAAAUUCUCUCUGUAUAUAAGCAUAAACCCACGUCUUUCUUUUCCUGCUCUUUUGAACCUGUUUUUCUUACUAUUGAUUUUCAUUUGUACGCCCCGUGAGGCAUGAAUGCUGAUUAUGGGUUUACAUUUGGUGGAGAAUUUGGUUUUGUUAUGAUCUAAAUAAACCACUAUUUUUCUUCAUU